AUGGCAUCUCUGUUGGAACGUAUGAACGUCCCUGCAACGGGUCCUGUUCGCUCAAAAAGCGCCCAGUCAAUGCGACCAACCUCUGCUCCUUAUAAUCGUGCUCAUCGUACUCCCAAAGGCGAUGUCAACUCAAGCUGGUCUCACGACCUCUACGAACAACAUAAUUCCCUUUCGGCACGUCUGAAUCUCGACCCCUCACCUCCAAAAGCGUCCUUUAAUCCUAUUGCACAAAAAGCGCUCAGAGAAGCCACAUCGGGUCCUUCAUCCUCCCUUUCUAUCAAAGGAGCCAGUGCAAUGAACGGGAACGUUGUUGAAGUGACGGGACUAGUACAAGGUACAACUGCGGAGGACGUGGUCGCCAUUUUCAAGCGAUGCGGUGUCAUCACCAGCCAGAAAGCUAUUCCAGGCUCUCAGGUCACAAUACGCUUAACAUACAAGACGCCAUCUUCCGCAGAGCAAGCUGUCAGGACGUUCAAUGGUCAGGCUGCAGACGGACAAGUUCUGGCCGUACGGAUUGUAGGCUCGACGACUGCGGGGACCUCGCUGAGUAGUCGCUUUGGUAAAGAUGGCCUGGGCGUCGUGAGGCAAGAGGGAAGUGUGGAUAUUUUGAUGGAUUCGACCGGGGGAGGAUCAAAAAUGAGGUCUGACGCAUUAGUUACCGAUCCUCGUGCUCACGUCCUCGUCGCACCUCCAGGUGCUAAUCCAAGUGACUAUACGCAGACAUUUUCUAGGCGUGGUGGUGGACGCGGUCGAGGACGACGCGGCCGGGGAGGACGGGGCGGCGGCGGCGGGCGGAUGGACGUUGACUGA